GCGGUAGCAGCAUCAGCCCACUAGCCCAGAGGAGGAGGAGGAAAAGGAAAAGGAGGAGUGUGCUCUCGUUGCACCCCCAGUUUGGCACUUCCCGCGGAGUCGAGGCUGACCGGGGGACUCGGGCUUUGCACAGGCUUCUCCAGCCCCCCACGCAGUCUGGAGAGAGAGGAGUUCGGCUGGACUUGUUCAAUUGCUCCAGCUCCUCUCCCCGGGAGCGCGGGGGUGGAACGGCGGGUAGGCGGGGCGGUCCCUCCCCUGGAGUCGCAAGGCGAAGGGGCGGAGGCGACAGUGGCGGCCGCGGCUGCUGCUGCUUUCCGGGAGCCUAGGGAUUUACCCUGGGGAAACUCCUCUACUUAAGGGGAAGCGGGGGCCGGGGGGAAUCCCCGCACCCCGGAUCCUGCCACCUCGGCAUCUGGAGGGACAGGCGAGUGGGCGUCAACUGCAGAGGCGACUCUGGGGCGAGAGGUGACCCUUGCACCCCAGGGCUUACUUUCCUCGAGGCCAUUCAAGAGCGGGUUGGGAGUUUGCGGAGCCUUGCAGGCUGUCUAGCCUCCCGAAAGCCACUUCCUCUGGAGCCCGGGGGGCCGGGUCCAGUCAGCCAGAAGAGAAGAGGGGGAAGGGCUGCCCUCACACCCGGCAACGUAGACGUAGACAACAGUAACCCGUGAUGAAAACUUUCCUUAAAAGCCAGCGUCUUUGAGCGAGCGCAGAAGGAAGCAAAAGCUGUUUCUCUUGUUUCGGAGCCCGGGAGCCCUGAGCCCGGGACUAAGCCCGCGGCUCGGCGUCCUCGAGCAAGCCUCCUCCCCCCAUCCCCUUGUGUUUCUCCUCCUGCUCCCGGGGCGCGGCUAGACGGGGCGCCCUCCCGCGUCCGGGGCAUGUGCGGGCACCGCGGGCAUGGCAUCUGCGGUAUUUGAGGGCACGUCUCUGGUGAACAUGUUCGUGCGGGGCUGCUGGGUGAAUGGCAUCCGAAGACUGAUCAUCAACAGACGGGGCGACGAGGAGGAGUUCUUUGAGAUCCGCACUGAGUGGUCGGACCGCAACGUCCUGUAUUUGCACCGAAGCUACUCGGACCUGGGACGCCUCUUUCAGCGGCUCCGGGACUCCUUCCCCGAGGACCGGCCCGAACUGUCACGGUCCCCGCUCUUGCAAGGGCUAGUUGCAAUAAAGGAUGCUCAUGAUAUAGAAGCCAGACUUAAUGAAGUGGAGAAACUUCUAAAAACUAUUAUUAGCAUGCCAUGCAAAUAUUCUAGGUCAGAAGUGGUGCUUACCUUCUUUGAAAGAUCCCCUUUAGAUCAAGUAUUAAAGAAUGAUAACGUACAUAAAAUUCAACCGAGUUUUCAGAGUCCAGUCAAAAUAUCAGAAAUCAUGAGGUCUAAUGGAUUUUGUUUAGCAAAUACUGAGACAAUUGUUAUUGACCACAGUAUACCAAAUGGAAAAGACAAUCACUUGGAUGUGGAUUCAACAGAACAUUUGUUUGAGAAUGGCAGCGAGUUUACCUCAGAGCUGGAGGACAGUGAAGACCCAGCGGCCUACGUCACCAACCUGUCCUACUAUCACCUGGUUCCUUUCGAGACGGACAUUUUGGACUGACCUUCCAGUAGCCUGUUCACCCACCCUCUGGCCUUUUAUUGCUGACUUAAUGCUGCUGUUCCAUAGCCCUCAAUUAUUUAGACCAGAAGGUGGCCAUCUAACUCCAGAUACAAGAUGAUGCCUGCAAUGAAAUCAGUGCUAUGGCUCAGAUCAUCAGGGGGUCUCUAUGCACUUCUAAGGUACAAGUUUUUGACAGACAGUGGAAAUGGGAAGAGAACUUACAUCCAGGUGCAUUCUGGUAUCAGGGAAGCGUAUACAGCAAAGUUUGCCGCAGCUAUGGAAGCUUCAGGACCACCUAUAUGACUGACUGUAGUCCAACAUCCCCAUGGAAAUUCCUUUUCCUUUCAGUAAAACCAGCCUGUUUCUUCAUUUCCUCAGCAGCCCACAUGUCACAUCUGGUGCGAUGGAUAACCACCCAGUGCCUACAGGGGAAACAUGCUGUGAGGACAGCAACUCCACUUAGCUUUGACAGGUCUAUACUUUAUUGUUUCCUAAAGAGGAGUGUUCCACUUUCUCCUCUUUCUUUAGAGUGACUUAGGCAUCCCCUUCCCCAUCUUGCUGUCCUCACACACACCUGUGACUCAUAUGUCAAAUUCAGAAAAUACUUGGAAUGAGAUUGUGAACCAUCACCAAGUUCUGGGGACAGGAAGGGAAAGUGAGUCAGCCAGCUGGGCUGUAAGUAGCUACAGGAUUUCCCUGGGAAGCAGGAUGUAUUGUGGUUGUUGUUUUCAGCUCACAUCUGGAGAAGCUGCUCUGCUAAGGCUUGCUCUCACUGUUUUUACCAGAUGAUAAUCACCAAUGGGUAAUAUUGUCUGCAGUGCAAUGGGAGACAGUUGAGGAUCAAGCUUCUCCCUGGAUAAGCUCAGCCUGAUUUAAUGAUAGGCUUUGGGAGAUCAGGCCAAAAGGAAAAGGAUCUGUGUUCUGGGCUAACAGCUCUUCAAUGUAGGAGUAACGAGUCUCUUUAUUACCACCCAGCAGUCAGACAUCUGACCUCAACUUGCUGUUCGUCAAGUAUUUAAUGAAAUAAUUACCAUGCUUAAUUUGAAAGGAUGGGAAACAGGAAGAAAGCUAUUUCUGAGUUGGUUACCUCUCCAGUGGUGUUUUCCUUAGCCUGGGAGCACCCCCGGGUGCUUUGCCUUACAUUCUCCCAACAAACUUUCCAUCGCUAAGUGUCUACUAACCACAAACAUUUGCUAAUGUAAAUAAUAGUAAAUUAUUGAGAAUCCUAAUUCUUUUACACAGUCUGUUUUAAAAUCUAUUUUAAUGAAAUAAAAUGUAUUA